GCGCGACCGCGCUCUACAUCGCAGCGGAGCACGGCCAGCUGGAGUGCCUCCGGGCGCUGCUGAACGUUGGCGCCAACAAGGACGCUCGCCUGGAGAGCGGCGCGACCCCACUCCACAUCGCAGCGGUGAAAGGCCAGCUGGAGUGCCUCCGGGCGCUGCUGAACGCCGGCGGCGACAAGGACGCCCGCACGAAGGAUGGCUGGACCCCGCUCCACACCGCAGCGGAUGAGGGCCACCUCGCGUGCUUGGAGGCGCUGCUCCGCGCGGGCGCCGCGAAGGACGCUCGCCUGAAUGACGGCUCGACCCCGCUCUACAUCGCAGCCUCGGAGGGCCAGCUGGAGUGCCUCCGGGCGCUGCUGAACGCCGGCGCCGACAAGGACGCUGGCAUGCACGACGGCGCGACCCCGCUCUUCAUCGCAGCGCAGAAGGGCCAGCUCGAGUGCCUCCGGGCGCUGCUGAACGCCGGCGCCGACAAGGACGCUGGCAUGCACGACGGCGUGACCCCGCUCAUCAUAGCGGCACACAACGGUCAUCUGGAAUGCCUCGAGGAGCUGCUCCGUGCUGGCGCCGGCAAGGCGGCGCAGUUCAGCGGCAAGACGGCCCUUGGAUGGGCGGAGCAGAACGGCCACAAGGGCUGCGCCGAUGCGCUGCGGGCCGCCGGCGCCAGCUGA